GGCCAGACUCUUUGUAGGAGUGUGGAGCAAAGAGCGGGACUUCCAGCAGCAGCACGCCGACAACACGCACCCACACGCCGCAGUGCAGCAGCCGUCCAGCCGCUUCUUUCUGCUACAACAAAGGGGAACUUUUCAACUGAGUCUUUUUUAUUCGGGCGAGUCCGUUUUUGUACCGAGAAGACAUCACCUUUUUUGGAGCAUGAGAACCAGCGUGGGGCGCAUCCUUCCAACUUUGUAAGCCCGCUUUUUGCCUUCAUUUCUCGGCUUCACCUCCACAUUGGUUCCCGGAGAGGCUGGCGGAUGUGUCAAGGACUUCCACCUUUUUUGAAAAAACAAUAAUUGCUAAGUAAGGCUAAAGAAGGAGCCAGGGGAUAAGUAGAUGGAUGUGACACUUUACCCGCCUCCUCCGCAGCCUCUGGCCGCCUCAGAGCACACCAGACUGGGGCAGCUCUCCUACCCUGAGCCGCCGUUUGGAAGAAACAAGCUGGAAGGUGAGGGCAUGUUCCUGAGCAUGCAGGAAGUGGGCGUGGACUAUGUUUCCAGCAACCAGUUCCGUGUGCCGCAGCCUCUCAGUAAGGCCACGCCCCCUAACCCCGCCCCCCAGCACUGGAGGAGGGACGACACGCAGCGUCUACCCUGGUCCUACCAAAUGGGUGACGAGGACUACAACUUUGCACCCAUCACUCCCCCGACCCUGCCGGACCACAUGCUUCCUCCUCACCUGCCCCAGGACUCCCCCACCGGACCCUAUGGCUCUCUGGAUGGGCCGGCCCACUCGGCCCCCCACCAUCCCUACCAGCUGCAGGGUAUGAAUGUCCCCGGAAUGCCCCGCAGUCAGGAUGGCGCCACCAUGCUCAACCAAGAUGGCGGUACCUUCAGACCCGACGGGGCAGCCAUGACCAGCACUCUGUCUGUGAUGCAGCAGAUGGUCAACUCCGACUCUCGCUUCGCCAGCAGCCAGCAGCCCAUACAAGCCGCCCUGGGACCCAGGAGCCAAUCAGGAGCCGGCCAGCUGGCCACCAUCAACCAAUCCCAGCUGACCCACAAUUCUCCUUCUUCUCCUGGGAGCACAUCUGCCACACCCUCACCUUCCAGCUCACCACACCAGGACGACAAUGAUGACAACCUCAGGGGCGAGAAGCGGCCUGCAGCCUUCGACAUGUCCAAGAAAGCCAAGACGCCCAAGAAGAAGAAGCGGAAGGACCCCAAUGAGCCAGUGAAGCCGGUCUCUGCCUACGCUUUGUUCUUCAGGGACACCCAAGCCAACAUCAAGGCCCAGAACCCCAACGCCACCUUUGGGGAGGUCUCCAAGAUUGUGGCCUCCAUGUGGGACGGCCUGGGAGAGGAACAGAAGCAGGAGUACAAGAAGAGGACAGAGACUGCCAAGAAGGAGUACCUGAAGCAACUGGCUGCCUACAGGGCCAGUCUGGUCUCUCAGAGUUACAACGAUCCAUCUGAGAUGAAGCCGCCCCACUCCUCCUCCUCCUCCUCCAUCUACACAUCCAAGUCACCCGUCUACGCGGGCCAGCACCAGCACCCCAACAUGUACAUGCCAUACCCCCACCCGUCCAGUCUGGCCCACCACUCCACUCACCUGCCUCAGAUGCACACCUUGUCCACCAGGGGCAGCGUACCUCGGCCCGCCCCGCCCCAUCUGUCCCUGGGAGGCUCCACGCCUCCCCACCAGGUCAGCCCCCCACUCCACAGCCAGACUCACCUGGGGGGGAUGCAGCAUCAGCAGCACUCCAUGGCCAUGACACACCCCCCCGCCAUCACACAGGCCUACUCCCCCCAGUCAGAGUAUCAGCCAAUGAUGAAUAGGGGAGCCAUGAUGUCAUCACCAGUGGACUACCAGCAGCUGGGCCCACACCAUCAUCCGUCUCUGGACUGGAACGCCCAUUACCAUGGCAACGGGGCUCCUCAGCCAGACAAGACUUUGUACCUGACUUAGUCCACAUCAUGGGCCCUCCUUGGACCAAGCACUCAGGAGGGGACCUCCCUUACCAACAAAGUACAAGACCCCCAACACAGAAGGAGUCACAUGACCUUGUGAGGGAGGGGUCCAAACAGGAAGUAGACGGCCUGACUUCCUGCAUGUAGAUUAGUUGUAUCUCUAUGGUGAUUGGCAUGGCCAGGAUGCAGUACUCAUGUACAUGAAGUACUUCUAUCCUACUUGUAUCUCUAUGAGUACUCAUGUACAUAAAGUAUUUAUAUCUUACUUGUAUCUCUAUGGGUACUCAUGUACAUGAAGUAUUUAUAUCCUAUUUGUAUCUCUAUGGGUACUCUUGUACAUGAAGUAUUUAUAACCUACUUGUAUCUCUAUGAGUACUCAUGUACAUGAAGUAUUUAUAUCCUACUUGUAUCUCCAUGGGUACUCAUGUACAUGAAGUACUUCUAUCCUACUUGUAUCUCUAUGAAUACUCAUGUACAUGAAAUAUUUAUAUCCUACUUGUAUCUCUAUGAAUACUCAUGUACAUGAAGUAUUUAAAUCCUACUUGUAUCUCUGAGUACUCAUGUACAUGAAAUAUUUAUAUCCUACUUGUAUCUCUAUGAAUACUCAUGUACAUGAAAUAUUUAUAACCUACUUAUAUCUCUAUGAAUACUCAUGUACAUGCAAUAUUUAUUUCCUACUUGUAUCUCUAUGAAUACUCAUGUACAUGAAGUAUUUAUAUCCUACUUGUAUCUCUAUGGGUACUCAUGUACAUGAAGUAUUUAUAUCCUACUUGUAUCUCUAUGAGUACUCAUGUACAUGAAGUAUUUAUAACCUACUUGUAUCUCUAUGAGUACUCAUGUACAUGAAGUAUUUAUAUCUUACUUGUAUCUCUAUGAAUACUCAUGUACAUGAAGUACUUCUAUCCUACUUGUAUCUCUAUGAAUACUUAUGUACAGGAAGUAUUUAUAUCCUACUUGUAUCUCUAUGGGUACUCAUGUACAUGAAGUAUUUCUAUUCUACUUGUAUCUCUAUGGGUACUCAUGUACAUGAAGUACUUCUAUUCUACUUGUAUCUCUAUGGGUACUCAUGUACAUGAAGUACUUCUAUUGUUCACACUGAGAAGGAAGAAAAACAUCAAUACUUUUUGUGUAAAUGCUCGCUGACGACUGGAAUUACUAAGUCAGAAGAUUAGGAACAAAACUAUUAAUUUUGUAAGAAUAAAGUCAUGUUUUAUACACACACAC